CAGGUCCCUCGGUAGAAACUCUGGCAUGCUCAGCGCUGUUACCAAGGUUAAAAUGCUCAAGAUUGAAAACUAGACUUAAUCCUUCAGAUGAUAUGAAACCACUUAUAACUUUUAAAAAGUAACUGAGAAGAACGAAGAGCUACUUUCUGCAUAGAGUUUCAACAUGUCAAGUGGAGUUUUGGGUCGUUUGAGUACACUGACUUUAAGUCUGCAGCAGCUGGGUCAGUUACCACACUUGUCGAACUGGUUGCCUCGUCUGCCUAGACGUCAAGCCACAGUACACGCUUCUGAAGUGCCGAGCCUGUUUCGUGAGCCCUACAUCUUGUCUGGUUAUCGUCCAGUGCAUCAGGAAUGGCGGAGCUACUUCUGUAGCCUCUUCCAAUGUCACAACGAGCUGCUGAAUGUGUGGACACACCUGCUGGCCAUCCCUGCCGUGCUACUGCAGUUCUCUUUUUUCGCAGGGGCGUGGGGGCUGACGCUCAAUCUGGCCUCUCUGCCUCUGUUCUUGUAUGUGCUGUCAUCACUUACCUACCUCAGUUUCAGUGUGGCCGCCCACUUGCUGCAGUCUCACUCUGAACUGGCCCAUUACUCCCUCUUCUUUGUAGACUACGUUGGUGUGGCUGUUUACCAAUAUGGCUGCUCAAUGGGCCACUAUUUUUACUGUUCUGAGCCAGAAUGGAGACACAGUCUAGUUGGUGUAUUGUUUCUUCCUGGUGCUGCCAUGCUGGCCUGGUUGUCCUGUGCCAGUUGCUGCUACUCCAAAUUCCGUUACCGCCGUCCUUACCCAUUUCACCGGAAGAUCUGCCAGAUCAUUCCCACCAGCUUGGCAUACUUGCUUGACAUAAGCCCUGUAGCGCACCGCCUGCUCACCAAAUCUUGGGAUGAGCCGGUGUUGGUGUUUCACGCUAUGCAAGUGGCGUUUUUCCUUUUGGCAGCUCUGUUUUUCUCGUGCCCUGUUCCUGAGCGCUUCUUUCCAGGAAGGUGUGAUAUUGUAGGCCACGGACAUCAGAUCUUCCACAUCUUCCUGGUCUUGUGCACCAUGUGCCAGCUGGAGGCAAUGUUUAGAGACUUCCUAGUACAUCAGCAGUCUGUCGUAGAUGCGCACGGAGAGCACUUCAUCUUACUGGCCGGAGGAUCCUUCUUCUUGUUGGUGUUGUGCAGCAUUCUGACUGCAGUUCUGAUGAGGGGAGCCGUGCAAAGACAGCUGAGGAAAAAAGACUGAACAAACAUGUCUGAAGAUUAGGUUAGUUAUGAAGUACCAAAAGGUAUUUAUUGAUAUCCAUUUUGAAUUGUUUUUAUAGAAGUGCAUUCAUUAUGAGAAUUGUGAUGGGAUGUCUUUGCUUUUAUUUUAAAUCUUAAAAGUCCAAGUGUCAUGUUGAAAUCCCACACCUGCUCCUGAAAAAUAGCACAAAAGUUGUUGCAUAUUAAAAGUUAUUUAUAUGUACCAUUC